AUGACACUAAGCUUUUUUGACCAGUUUAUAAGCCCAACAUUUCUAGGCAUCCCCCUCAUUGCCUUAGCCCUUAGCCUCCCAUGAAUUCUUUACCCCCAACCCUCUGCCCGAUGAUUAAAUAACCGCCCACUAACUCUUCAAAACUGAUUUAUUGGUCGCUUUACACAACAAAUUUUUCAACCCCUAUCCCCAGCAGGACACCAUUGAGCCCUUAUCCUCGCAUCCCUUAUGAUAUUCCUUUUUACCCUAAAUGUUUUAGGCCUCCUCCCAUAUACAUUUACACCAACUACACAAUUAUCAAUAAAUAUAGGUCUUGCCGUCCCACUUUGAUUAGCAACAGUAAUUAUUGGGAUACGAAACCAACCCACCCACGCACUAGGUCACCUCUUACCUGAAGGAACACCUACUCUGUUAAUCCCUGUACUAAUUAUUAUCGAAACAAUUAGCCUUUUUAUUCGACCUUUAGCUCUUGGAGUUCGACUUACAGCUAACCUAACAGCAGGCCACCUUUUAAUUCAGCUAAUUGCUACUGCCGCCUUCGUUCUUGCCUCAACAGCACCCACUCUAGCUAUCCUUACUACUAUACUACUUUUUCUCCUCACCUUACUUGAAAUUGCUGUAGCAAUAAUUCAAGCAUACGUUUUCGUUCUUCUUCUUAGCCUUUAUCUACAAGAAAACAUCUA